AUGCUGCCCGACGACGUGCCAAUGCUGCUGCCGCACGGCGCUAAGCACUCGAGGGCGCUGCGCGAGGUGCGCCGCCGUCUGCGCGAGUACUUGAGCGAGCUGGCGGAGAGGGGGCAGGUUGUGCCGAUGAUGCGGACGGCUCGAGGCCUCCACCCGACCGUUCGGUGGACGAUCGGGUUCGGCGAGUGGCUGGCGUUGACGCGAAAUCGUGAGUCGAAGGCCAGCCGCUGGCUCGCUGCUGAGCAGGCUUCGGCGCGAGGGGAGGAGGCUGUUGUGCGCGCCGGCCGGGGGGCAGGCACCGUGCAGGUGAUGCUCGACAACAUGGUGAACCACGUCUGGCGCGAGGUGUGGCCGGCGAUGCCGGCGGACGACAAGCACUACUGGUUUCGUGUGAAUAAGCACGUGAUGGGUUGUUCGACGAUGGCGGCGAUGGUCGGGGAGGCGGAGGGGCGCGCAGCGCAGCUGGCCAGCGCGGCGUCGGGCGCGGGCGAGGAGGCGCAGCAGGCGGCGCGCGACAAGUGGGCCGUCGAUGGCGAGAGCCUCGCGCUGGACUCGCCGACAGCCACGUGGCGCAUGGCGCUGGUCGGGCUCGAUCUCGCGUCUCGGGGAGCGUCGCGCCACUGCAACGCAUAG